AUGAUUAAGAGCACAUUAAAGAGACUCCUAAGCUCUCAAUUUGGAAGGCAAAUUAUGGUUAUUGGUUUACCUGAGCCAACUUUAAUACAUGAAUUAACACCUUAUUUACCAAAAGCACAGAGGAUCGCCAUUCACAACAAAUUUUGCUUUAUAAGCUUCGAUUCCCAAAUAGAUGCAGCAUAUGCUGUUCAAGUUUUAAAUGGACAUGUUGUAAAAGGACAGAGAAUUCGUGCAAGAAUGACAACUCCUACGUUCGACAAAAAGCCUUAG